CGGAGGAGGAGGAAGCAGGGCACUGCGCUCACCGCGCCGCCGCCGCCGCCCUGGGCCGGGUCGUGGGCCUGGGCCCGCCCGGCGGCGCCUUCCCGGGGCCGGGACCGGGGCCGGGCGGAGCGACGGGGCCGGGCUGGGGCCGGGCUGGGGCCGAGCGGAGCGGCAGCGCCGGGCUGGCAGCCGCCAUGAAGCCGAGCGGAGAGGAGCCGGUGCUGCUGGCCGAGCUGAAGCCGGGCCGGCCCCAGCGCUACGACUGGAAGUCCAGCUGCGAGACGUGGAGCGUGGCCUUCUCUCCCGAUGGCUCCUGGUUCGCGUGGUCCCAGGGACACUGCGUGGUCAAGCUGAUCCCCUGGCCCCUGGAGGAGGCCGAGCUCAGCUGCAAAAGCUCCGAGCGCAAGAGCCGCGGGGGCAAGGCGGAGGCCAGGAGCCGAGGGGCGGCCAAGGAGAAGACGCUGGAGUGCGGCCAGAUCGUGUGGGGCUUGGCCUUCAGUGCCUGGCCAGCAGCAGAGGCAGGAGGGACAGAGCCCACCUGCACCGUGGGCCUCCCCUGUCUGAUCCUGGCCACUGGGCUCAAUGAUGGGCAGAUCAAGGUCUGGGAGGUGCAGACGGGACACCUCCUCUUCAGCCUCUUGGGGCACCAGGACGUUGUCAGAGACCUGAGUUUCGCUCCCAAUGGAAGCCUCAUCCUUGUGUCAGCCUCGCGGGACAAGACCUUGCGUGUCUGGGACCUGAGCAGAGAUGGGCGUCAGAUCCAGGUGCUGUCAGGCCAUGUGCAGUGGGUCUACUGCUGCUCCAUCUCCCCAGACUGCAGCAUGCUCUGCUCUGUGGCUGGAGAGAAGUCGGCGCUGCUGUGGAGCAUGAAGUCCUACACCCUCAUCCGGAGGCUGGAGGGCCACCAGAGCAGCGUGGUGUCCUGUGACUUCUCACCAGACUCGGCCCUCCUUGUCACCGCUUCCUAUGACGCCUGUGUCAUCAUGUGGGACCCCUACACCGGCGAGCAGCUGCGGACGCUGCGCCACGUCCCUUUGCACUCAGCAGUGGACUACAGCGGCGAAGUCCACACCAGCUCCCUGCGCUCUGUCUGCUUCUCUCCUGAGGGCCUCUACCUGGCCACAGUGGCAGAUGACAGGCUGCUGAGGAUCUGGGCCUUGGAGCUGCGCUCUCCGGUCGCCUUCGCGCCCAUGACCAAUGGGUUGUGCUGCAUCUACUUCCCACACGGCGGAUUCAUCGCCACGGGGACCAGAGAUGGCCACGUGCAGUUCUGGACUGCUCCCAGGGUGCUGUCGUCGCUGAAGCACUUGUGCCGUAGGGCUCUGCGCACCUUCCUCACCACCUACCAGGUCCUGGCACUCCCCAUUCCCAAGAAGCUGAAGGAAUUCCUCACUUACAGGACAUUUUGAGGCCAGGUGGGAAGCAGAGGCUCACUGUGGCCGGGCUCAAGAGGAGGCAACCUC